AUGUCGAUCAGCGAAGCCGAAAUAGACUUUGCGGUAGUCGACGCUCUUCCGCAGAGUGAUGCAAUCAAAAAAGACUCGGACGAAGGGAAAGGGAAAACGGAAACUGUCUCACCUUCACAAUUAUUCCGUUUCGCUACUCCCGCGGAUUACUUCUUUAUGAUCAUCGGAACUGUUGCCGCGUUAGGUUCCGGAGCUGCCAUGCCAGUGAUGACCAUCAUAUUUUCCUCAUUCAUAACUUCGUUUUACGAGUUUGAAUAUGCUAAGAAUACCGGCAUCGGCAUUGACACUGCUGAAAGCACUCUUAAUGAUCAGAUCAGGACGAAGGUGUUCUACUUUAUAGCUUUGGGUUGUGGCGUUUUUGUUUGUUCAUAUGCACACAUGAGUUUAUGGAUGACGUCAGGCGAGAGGCAAGCCAAGCUGUACUACGCCGCAAUCUUGCACCAAGACAUUGCUUUUUUUGACGAUGUUUCAACUGGUGACGUCACCACGCGUAUCGCCGGUGACAUUAGUUUGUAUCAAGAAGGUAUUUCCGAGAAGGUCGGUUUGAUCAUACAAUUCAUGGCCACUUUCUUUGCGGGGUUCGUCAUUGCUUUCACAAAAGGGUGGAAACUUUCGCUGGUCCUUUGUGCCGUUUUUCCCCUAAUGGCCAUAGCCGGUGGAAUAAUGGCUAAAGCGAUAUCGAAUGAUACCUCGCAGGGUCAAGACGCGUACGCUUCCGCCGGAGGUGUGGCAGAGCAAGCCAUCUCGGGCAUCAGGACCGUCAUCUCUUUCGGAGGGCAGGAUCGCGAGAUUAACCGUUACAAAGCCCAAUUGGAGGGUGCCUAUAAGGCGGGGAAAAAGAAAGCGAUUGUCAGUGGAAUUGGCCUCGGAAUAAUGAUGUUUAUCAUGUUUGGCAGUUACGGUUUGUCCUUCUGGUACGGUAGCAUCCUGAUCGUCCAUAAUGAAAUGAGUGGUCCGGAUGUGUUAAAUGUGUUCUUCGCCAUCCUUAUCGGCGCCUUCUCCGUCGGUAACGCUGCGCCUCACAUCACUUCGGUCGCAAACGCCAUGGGUGCGGCUGCCAAAUUAUUCGCUGUUAUCGAUCGCGUGCCUCCAAUCGAUUCCUCCAAAGAAUCUGGCAAGAGGCUAUCCAGGUCAGAAGUUCAAGGCAGAAUUGAAUUUAAGAACGUUGAUUUCUCGUAUCCGUCACGUCCCGACGUCCAGGUCUUGAAGAAUUUCAAUUUGGUCAUUGAACCCGGUCAGACUGUUGCCCUGGUUGGUCCUUCGGGAAGUGGAAAAUCAACUGUCGUUGGUUUACUGGAAAGAUUCUAUGACGCAGCCAACGGUAGCAUUACCUUCGACGGGGUGGACAUCAAGGACAUCAACAUCAAGUCAUUGAGGACACAAAUUGGUCUCGUCGGUCAAGAACCAAUUCUCUUUCCCGAGAGUAUUAAGCGAAAUAUUAUGUGGGGAGGUGAUCCAUCGGAAAAAGAACCAAACCUUGAAGACGUUAUCGAGGCUUGUAAGAAGUCCAAUGCUCACGAAUUCAUUAACGAAUUGCCGAUGAAAUACGACACCUUGGUCGGUGAGAAGGGUGCCUUACUCUCCGGUGGUCAAAAACAAAGGAUUGCCAUUGCUCGUGCGUUGAUCAAAGAUCCGCCAAUUUUGUUGUUGGACGAGGCGACUUCGGCUCUCGACAGUGAAGCUGAGAAGGUCGUGCAAGACGCAUUAGACAAUGCAUCAACGGAUCGUACAUCAAUCGUAAUCGCCCAUCGCUUAUCAACCAUUAAGAAUGCCGACAAGAUUGUUGUGAUGUCUAAAGGAGAAAUUCGUGAGAUCGGUAGGCAUGACGAGUUGAUCGCCAAGAAAUCAGAUUACUACGCGCUAGUCAAAGCUCAGGAAUUGAAGACAAAUUCGGCGAAUGCUGAGAGUGACGAAGAUGAAGAAGAGUCGAGCGCCGACAGUUCGCCCGACGAUGACACGGCGAUUUUGAUUGACGAGAAAAGACACAGGUUACACUUGCAUCGUGUGACUACUAAUGCGUCGACGGUCAAAACCAUGAAGACGGAUGAAGAAAUUCGCGAGGAGGAGACGAUCAGGAAGUCAAAAGAAAAGAUGCCCCUUGGGAGAAUCGCUAGACUAUGUAGACCAGAAAUUAUACUUCUUUUUAUCGGGAUAGUCGCCGCCUCGGUCAACGGCGCUGUGUUGUCGAUGUUUAUAACGGCCGGGGAACGUCUCACAAAACGUCUUCGAACUUUGACAUUCACGGCUCUCAUGAAGCAAGAGGUCGCCUAUUUUGAUGACGAAAAGAAUGGGACUGGUGUUUUGACCUCGAAAUUGGCGGUCGACGCAUCUAACGUUGAAGGACUCACCGGUUCUUUGAUGGGAUCGAUCUUUCAAAACGGCGUAAACUUGGUUUUAGGUCUGAUUAUUGCUUUUGCAUACGGAUGGAAACUCACUUUGGUGAUUCUUGCCGCAUCGCCAUUUGUCGCAGCCGCUGGAUUUUUGGAAAUGAAGACUCUGGCUGGCUUCGGAGCCAAGACUCGAAAAGCUUAUGAAAAUACGGGACAGAUCGUGCAGCAAAGUGUGUCCAACAUGCGUACUAUCGUUUCUUUGACUCGCGAAAACACGUUCAAGGAAAUGUAUUAUGAAGCCAUCAAGGAACCCCACAAGAUAGCCGUCAGGGGUGCCUUAUUAUCAGCAAUUGGUUUUGGCAGCUCUCAAGGAUCCUUGUACUUCAUUUGGUCUCUCGCUUUUUGGUAUGGUGCGCAAUUGGUUAAAACCGGAGAGUAUUCCUUCGAUCAAAUGAUUCACGUCCUAUUUGCUGUCAUAUUCUCAGCUAUGGCUGUUGGUCAAAUGAGCACUUUCGCCCCGAAUGCCGCCAAAGCAAAAGUUGCUGCAAUAUCUAUCUUCGAAAUUCUCGACCGUCCGUCUGCAAUUGACCCGUCCGAUAACGAAGGCAAAGACCGCCCUGCACCCGUUACAGGAAACGCAGAUAUUCGCGACGUACACUUCAAUUAUCCUGCGCGGCCGAAUGUUCACAUUCUCCGUGGAUUUGACGCGAAAGUUUACGCUGGAAAGACGAUCGCGCUGGUCGGCCCGUCAGGAUCCGGUAAAUCGACGACUGUAUCACUAUUGUUGAGGUUUUAUGAUGUUAUUGCCGGGGAGGUUGACGUCGAAGGUGUGAACGUGAAAAAUUGGAAUGUUGAAUAUUUGAGAUCAAACAUGGCACUUGUCGGUCAAGAGCCGGUGCUUUUUGAUUUGACAGUUGGUGAGAAUAUUGCAUACGGAAAAGAAGGAUGUUCACAAGAGGAGAUCAUUGAAGCUGCAAAGAGCGCAAAUAUUCACAACUUUAUUUCAAAAUUACCUGAUGGUUAUGACACAAGAGUUGGUGAAAAGGGAUCCCAGUUGAGUGGUGGUCAGAAGCAGAGGGUGGCAAUUGCAAGAGCCAUAAUUCGAUCACCAAAAAUCUUGUUGCUUGACGAAGCAACAUCGGCAUUAGACACUGAAUCUGAGAAAGUCGUUCAGCUUGCUUUGGAUAGAAUAAGCAAAGGUCGAACAACGCUGACCAUAGCGCACAGAUUAUCCACGAUACAAAAUGCAGAUUUAAUUUUAGUGUGCAAGAAAGGCAAAAUUGUUGAAAGCGGUACACAUCUUGAAUUGAUCGGUCAGCAAGGAUUGUAUUAUGAAUUGGUCAAUAAGCAAACCUUGUUUAAGAAAAACCAAAACUGA